AUGUCCACCUAUCCCGCCCAGCCGGAAACGGUCCUCCAACAGCCACCCGUCUACCACACCGGGUCUCCCCCACCGCAGUCGAUGAGCCCUCUGUCACCACAACACACCCAGCCAGUCUACGACCAGAGCCAGAUGCAGCAAAUGGGCUACCAGCAACAAUCGCCCCCUCAGAUGCAGCAGCAAGGCCAAUACUUCCAGCCGCAGCAACAGCAAAUGAUGCCGCAGCAACACCAAAUGCAGCCUAUGCAGCCCGGCACCGUGUAUCAGAACGCGACGCCCAUUGCCUCGCUGGGCAGGUCAGCUGCGCCCGCGGACUGCCCUGCUUGCGGGCAGCGCUCAAUGACGCAAACCUCGUACGAGGUCGGGAAUUCCACACAUGCAUGGGCGCUCGGCCUCUGCUGUUGCCUUUGCCUUGGAUGCAUUCCGUAUCUCAUGAACUCGCUCAAGGAUGUGCAGCAUAAGUGCGGCAAGUGCGGUGUUUUACUCGCUACGUGGCAUCGCAGUGGCACCACUGAGGUGCAUAUACACAACUAG